AUGAGUUAAUGUCACAAAACACAGUCGAGCCGGAGACUAGAAGACAACUUCUGGAAAUGGCUCAAGAGGACCAGAGUGAGACGUCACAACAAACAGCAGCCAGUGAUGAAGAGAAGGGGACGAUGACCCAGGCUUCUCCCCCUGUUAUUGAGAUUCACGACUCUACGAAUGAAUGUGAGGAAGAGGUGAGGCCCAGUCUGGUGCAGAUGGAGGAGAAGGCUUUUGUAUCGAGUCUGCACUCUUUUAUGAAGGACAAAGGUUCACCCAUAGAAAGGAUCCCACACCUGGGAUUCAAACAGAUUAAUCUUUGGAAGAUCUACAAAGCUGUUGAGAAACGUGGGGGCUAUGAUUUAGUGACGGCACAGCGUCUUUGGAAAAAAGUGUAUGAUGAGCUGGGAGGAAGUCCAGGAAGCACCAGUGCUGCUACUUGCACCCGCAGACACUAUGAGAGGCUUGUGCUGCCCUUUGAAAGACACAUAAAAGGAGAGGAAGACAAACCUUUGCCACUGAGCAAACCACGGAAGCCCUAUAAGAGAAAUUUGGAUGGCAAGGUCAACAAGGCUGAGGUUAAGAGGAAAAGGACACAGUCGGAUAGAGAGAUGGAUUCUGAGAUACUCACCCAGAGGAGUCCAGACGCUGCCUGCCAAAGUGAAGCAGUGAUGCAUCCUCACUCUGCUCUCUGGGCUGCCACCUCUGACAGACACCAUCCAGACAGCUCUCAGCCAAGCAGAGCCCCCACUGAGAUUUGUCCUUCUCUCUACCUUCUCCCGGUGCCCACAUCCAGCCCUUGGACUACUCAGUGCCUUACGACACCAGCAUCUGCUGCUGGAGAGGUCAUCUCGCCUCUGGAGAAAAAGAAGCGAAUGGCUCAGGCCAGCCUAAACUUGCCCCCGAGUCCACAGAGCGAAGAUAAAGAAAGGCCCUCCGUCAUCUGCUGCUCCCAGUCUCCAGCCCGGGCUUCUUCCAGCCAGAACUGCAACUCCUCUGAUGGCUCCCCGCGCCCUUUAUCCUCCUCCUCUUCCCGCAGCCCCUCCCCUCUCUCUGUUUCAUCAGAGGACGGUCCGGCAGGAAACGAAGAUAAUCCUGCAUCAACCUCAGAACUGAGUCAAAACUGUUCCAGCUCUGUUAAAAAUACACCCAACCAUAGAGAGGACAACAAGUCUGUGAGCUGUUCCAAAGAUCUUACACGACUGAAUAAAGACGUUUCUCAUGUCAGCUCCCAAUCACUGACCACUGACUCAAUAAAAAGCCAAUUUAAAGACUGUCCUUGGAAGCCAUUCCACAAAGGGAGUGGCAAAUAUUUCACCCAUCCUUACCCCUCAUCCCCCUCUUUCCCUGAGAAAUCUGACUGUGCUGCAACAUCUAUGUCUAGUUUCACCAAAGUUAUUCCAAAAUCUGUGCAGCUUCUGCGGCCCGCUCCUAUUCGACCAAGUUAUAAAAUUCACCCUAACAGGUUGGCGCACCAGGACGACCCUCUGACUUGUGCCAAGAAGCUGAACAACAUGGCUCCGUGGCUUUAUCAGACAGAGAAGAGGGAGAAAUCCAGGACAAUGCUACAAAAAGUUCCUCCCGCUCAGCAGAAUCUGUCCCAUUCCACCACCCCCCUGCCAGUGUCAUGCAUCCUGUCAAGCUACGAUAAAUCAGGGAGAGACUCUCGGCACCAGCCUCCAUUACACUCUAUGUUCCUCCCCAGCAGAAUGAGACUACCUCAGUCCCAGCUAAUGUACCGUCAUAUACCAGUGGGUCCAGCUCACUCUGCUCUCAUAGGGUCUGCUGUUUACCCAUAUCCUUACUCCUUUCCUCUGUUUAAUCCCCAAACUGGAUAUGCCCUACCGGCCAUGAAUCACAUUUAUCCUCACAAGCUGUGAUUUUUUUUUUUUUUGUAUUUCAACUCCACAAUUGUUGAAAUAAUCAAAGUUCAUCUUUGCACUGAGGAAGGCAUACCAUGGAGCUUGUUGGCCCACUUUUGUAUUGCGCAGUGUAGUUUUGGUGAGGCCUUGCUUGUGUUUUACUGCAAUUAACUGACUGUGACCAAAACCAAACAAUACUGAAAAGAAGAAAUGAAGUCAGGGUAGUGACGGCGAGGUAGAUUUAUAGGAUCAUCUAAGUGCGUUGAAUGGGUGUGUUCGUUUUUUGCUGUGAAUUAAUCAAUAAUACUUAGUAUUACACUGGUGUAUCAUGUAAAUUUAAAGUGUUAAAAUAAUAAAAUUAGCUGUUAUUAUCUGUUAUUUACCCAAGAUUUUUUUUGUAGAUGUCACUUUACACAAUGUGCAGGCAAAAAUAUACAAAUUUCAAUGACAUAUCUUUAUGAAUAUGAGAAAUUCACAAUAGAUUGCUGAAACACAUCUGGUUCAGUUAGAGAUAGACAGAAGACAGAUUUUGUCAGAAUCACACUUCUUCUGCAUUUUUCCUCACUUGCACAAUUUCAAUAACUAAGUUAAAAACUUUCUGGACUGUUCAUCAUUGUACUGUAUCGUGAAGUUUGUUGAACUGUAUCUGCCUUAUACCAGUGUUAAACUUUUUUUUUUUAAACAUUACAUGCAGAUCUCAUUGUCAUUCAAAUGUAUUUAAACAGAAAGUACUAGAU